GACAAAGUCGCGUGUUUCGUGCUUGCCGGUCGGUAUUCCGAAGCGCAUAACGGACGACAAUAGCGUAACAAACUCACGGUAUGCGCGCGCGUGUGUAUACUAUAAUAUUGUACCGCGGUAACAACAAAUGAAUAACAACCGCGAUCAGGAGCAGUCUCGGGCGGCAGGUCGAAAUCCGAUUGGGAACAGGUGGCGGUCGCGGUCCCGUCUGUCGGCCGCGCAGCCGACGAGUGUUCGUGUUCAGUCGUCCCGGUGCAGCCGCGUUCUGCGUCGUGCGUACUGCUGUAUAGUUGACGACGAGUUCCUAUCCUCGUUACGCGGUCCGACCGUGGACACGUGCAGUGCUCGCGGCAGUUUUGUCGUCGUCGUCUAAUCGCAUUAGUAUAGUAUUGCCGUGUAACCCUUUACGUCGCCGUUGACUUUUCGCGUGAUUCAUGUCCCGACGGCGCUUGUCGCGUGAAAUCGUAUUUAACAAUCGUUUUCCGUCGAAAUACGAAAGAAAUUUUAACCGGCCGAUCGUUUUUCGUGCACCCGUCGAGUAGUGUUUUCGUCUCGAAGGAAACGGUCCGUCGCCCGGGCCCCGUAGCACGCCCGUGUGUGUGGCCGCGGAUGAUGCUGUUCGUGUCAUCAACAGAUAAUCGCCAUCAUCAUCAUCUUUGUCAACAUAUCAUUAUCACCAACGCCGUCCGGUGCGCGAUCGAUUCCACGGCAUCGAUCGAUCGAGGAUAACGGAGAGAGCGGCGUUUGAGCUUGUGACGGAAACAACCCCGCCGCCGCACGACCAAUGGCUGGCGUUGAAAGCAUCGGGUUUUUAUAACGAUACGUUAUAUCCCCCCCUCUCCCUGAGCGUCCAUUUCGCAAGUGUAUUUAUUUCCCCCCCGGUCUCCUCUAUCCGUUGUUUUGCCGGGUGCUCUGCCGUUCCGUCCCACCACGUUCGGCGGCGUGUUGUUCGCCGCCGUCGUCGCUGGAGAAUCGCGUGCGGGCGCAGCAACAAUAUGAUGUGCGCCAUCGACGCCACCGCCACCGCCACCGUUGCCGUUGAUGCCGCCGUCGUCUACGUCGCCGCCUACGUCGCUGCUGUUGCUGUCGUCACGACGGACGUCGUCGUCACCACCGCCGCCGCCGCAGCCACGGGCAUCGCCGCCGUAAAGUGUCGGGGGGCGCCACGCGCUUUCAGUCAACGAUGAUCGCCACCGACGCCGCGGUGUGCACACCAUGUGACGCGUGAACCGACCGCGCGGUCGUUCGCUGAACAUAAUUAACACUUGUAGAUCAUAAUAUUGUUAUACACACGUAUAUAUACAACACGUGCAAAUAGUGUUCGAGUCGUACGCGUAAUAGUGUUUUUACCUCGUUUGCCGCGCCCGGGCACUGGCGAAAAACAAUUUAAACGACGGACGUUUCGUAAAAAAAAUAAAUUUAAAAAAAAAACUGCGCAACUAGACGAAUUUGUUUUUUUUUUUUAAUACCGUUUUGUUUGUUAUAAACGUUAAUAUAGUUUGCCCCCUCCCCCAUAGACACACACACGUUUUCCGAAAAAUGAAGUACAAAUUUUUGCUCAAAAACUGCCGAUCACCAUGAACGCCGCCACCAGGUGGUUGUCCGUGCUGGUCUGGCUGUGGUCGCUGUCCGCUGCGACCGUGGCCGACGAGGAGAAGGUGUGCGGCAGCAUAGUGGUGCGCAACACCGGCGACCGCUUGUCCCAGCUGCACAACUGCACCGUCAUCCGGGGCCAUGUACAGAUCGUGCUGCUGGAUGCGACCAAGCCGUCCGACUUCGACAUCAUCAGCUUCCCACAGCUGCGCGAGAUCACCCAAUACCUGGUCGUGUACCGCGUGGCCGGGCUCACCAGCCUGGGAAAACUGUUCCCCAACCUGAUGCUGAUCCGCGGCCUGCACAGCCCGCAGUCCACUUUCCCCGGGCUGUCGCUGAUGAUUCACGACAACGGGGACCUCAGAGAAAUCGGGCUGUACAGCUUGACCAACAUUACCCGGGGCUCCAUCAUCAUAUCCAGAAAUGCUCGAUUGUGUUAUGCCAAUACAAUUGAUUGGGGCCAAAUCACUAAUGGUGUUAGUAAUGAUGCUAACAUAAUCAACGAUAAUGAAGCUGCAAAUAAAUGUCAAGGGUGCUCAAAUUCAGGAUGUCCAGAAGAUAGAUGUUGGUCACAGGAGCAUGGACGAUGUCAAUUAGGCCGAUUAAAAGGUUGCCAUCCUUUAUGUGCCGGUGGUUGUCAUGUACCAAACUCUGCUAAGCAUUGUUUUGCUUGUACUGCAUAUUUGUAUAAAGGCGAAUGUAUUAAAGAAUGCCCCCAUGGCCUUUAUGGUCAUCUUGGGGAAUGUUUAACUGGUGAAAAAUGUUGCCGUAUACCAGUUACCAGAGAAGAAUCUACUCCAGAUGACUUGAAUUUAAAUUAUAUUCCAUUUGAUCGUGUGUGUCGUGAAGAGUGCCCAUAUGGGUUUGAAGUUACACCUGAUAAAAAGAAUUGUACAUUAUGUACUAAAACUAAAAAUGGAAAUUGUCAACGUAACUGUAACAGUUUCAAGAUUAGUGAUGAGGUAUUAAGGAGGAAUGAUGAAUACCGGCUACAUACUAACUGCACGACUAUCAAAUCUUUAGAGAUUGAAGUCAAGUUUGGAACUAGCGAAGACGUAGAACGUCGAUUGGAAGAGUAUAUUGGCAAAGUUGAAGUUAUAUUGGAUCAGCUAAAGAUUAUACGGUCAUAUUCAUUGACUUCAUUGAAUUUCUUGCGAAAUUUACAUGAAAUACGCGGUGAAAAUACAGCUAACAAAAUAGCCUUGGUAGUACGUGGGAAUAAGAAUUUACAAAAAUUAUGGACUACCAAGGAAAAUGAAACCCGUGCGGUAAAGAUAUUGAAUGGUACAGUUUCGUUUCAUUAUAACCCUAAGUUAUGUAUGUCAGAAAUAUAUAAGUUUGGAAAUUUAUCAUCUCUGCCUGCGUUUUCAGAUAUAGAAGUAUCAAAUAUAUCUAAUGGAGAUCAGUUUGCAUGCAUUGUUUAUAAUUUAUUAGUAGAAACUGUUAAAAUCGAAACACAAUCUAUUGUUAUACGCAUGCAAAAACCUGUAGAAGUGGAUAAUCUAGAAAGAUUUCUAGUUUAUUUUAUUGAAGCAGCUAAAUGGAAUGAAACCAUUGAAACUACUGAAUGUGAAGGUUCUAGUUGGAAAAUUGAUGAUAUUAGUUCCAAAAGAGUUCUUAAUGAGACUGAAAUCUACCAUGUCAUUACUAAUUUAGAGCCAAACACAGAGUACAUUUAUUAUGUUAAGACUUAUACAAUUGCAUCCACAACUAGUAUGAGUGAUAUAUUUCGUAAUAAGACUCUUCCAUCAAAACCGUCCACCCCUCAAUACUUUACAGCUCAACCAGUGUCUAGUUCUGAAGUGGAACUGACUUGGAAACCUCCUUCACACCCUCAUGGUAAAUUAGUUAAGUAUGUUAUCAAAGGAUUUCAUUUAAAAGACGACCAAGCCAUUUUGGAUCAACGUAGUUACUGUAAAAAUAUAACAUUUAGAGGUGAUAGGGAGAGCUACAAUUCUUCCCCAUCAAUUAUAAGUAAACUGCAAUCAUAUGCUGACCAAAAAUGUGAGAAACAAUGUGAACAGCAAAAAAAUACUGACAUUGAUAUGUGUAAUGAUUUUGAACAUGGCAUUGACUUUGAUUUGAUUCCAAUUCAAAGUCGCAAGUUGAUGUUUGAAACAUGCAGUAACUUUCUUAAUACUUUCAUUAAUUCAAAGUGUAUGGCUAUGCAACACAGUGAUGAAACUUAUUUUCAAAAUAAUAUGAAUGAGAAUUGUACAGAAAUGUGGUCAGUCAGUAAUGUAUUACAUAAUAUUACAGAAAUAGAUGGUAGCAUGUCUCAUUUGUUCUAUCAAUUAAAUGAAAAUGAAACAUCAAAAACUCUUACACGUCUAAAACAUUUCAGUCGAUAUGUGUUGUCCAUAUUGGUCUGUAGAGAGGUUGUCGAACAAGAGCUAUUAAAUUCUAGUAAACAUGUGGACUCUUGUAGCCAAGAGACAUUGAUAUUAGUUCGCACAUCAAAAAAUAAAGAAGCCGAUGUUAUUGAUAGUGAUCGCAUACGUGUUUAUGUGAACAACCAUACAGUCAACAUAUCCUGGGAGGUACCAACUUUGAUAAAUAGCCUAAUACAUAGUUUCAAGUUGGAUUACAAACGUGUAGAUGUUGUAAAUUAUGUGUCUGUAUGUAUUACAAUGAAAGAAUAUGAAUCUGCUGGCCGAUCAUAUGUUAUCAAGAAUAUGGUGCCUGGUAAAUAUCAUUAUAAACUCCAAGCAGUUUCAUUAGCUGGCGAGGGGCCUUUUACUAGUUUGAAAGUAUUUGAAGUUACCAAUAUGGAUUCCCUUGAAAAUUUACACUUGGUUCUUAUGAUCCUUGUUUGUGGUUGUAUAUUAAUUAUAUUAAUGGGUGUUAUUAUACGUACUUACUUUAGUCGAAAAUUAUUGCAACGUAAUAACAUAUAUAGUCUGGCUAAUAAUCCUGGUUAUAUUGGCAUAUUAGUUGAAGAUGAAUGGGAGUUGAAUCGAGAAGAUGUUGUAAUACAAAAAAUUAUUGGUAGAGGAACAUUUGGUACCGUGCAUGAAGGUAUACUUAUGUCUCAGAAUAUUCCUUGUGCUGUGAAAUCUGUAAGCAAGACAAACUUUUUGAGAUAUCAUGCAGAAUUCUUAAAUGAAGCAGCCAUAAUGAAAAAGUUUAGUGAAGCAUACCAUAUAGUAAAAUUACUUGGUGUAGUAACCAAAAGCCAUCCACCGCUGUUGGUUAUGGAACUCAUGGGCCGUGGUGAUUUGAAAAGUGUAUUGGUAAAGUGUAAGGAAACCGAUAAUCCACCUCCACCUAACAUGCUUACUAUUAUCCGGAUGGCUGCACAAGUAGCUGAUGGUAUGGCGUUCCUAGAAUAUAAUAGAUUUAUCCAUCGUGACUUGGCAGCACGUAACUGUAUGGUGGCUAAUGAUAUGACAGUUAAAAUUGGUGAUUUUGGCAUGAGUCGACAAAUCUAUAACGGUGAUUAUUACCGUAAAGGAAAUAAAGGUGAAAUGCCUAUACGGUGGAUGGCGCCCGAGAGUCUAGGUGAAGGUAUAUUCACUAGUCAAUCAGAUGUUUGGAGUUAUGGUGUUGUGAUUUGGGAAAUUGUAACAUUGGGCGCACAGCCAUAUUCUGGCAAAACUAACAAUGAGGUUAUGGCAUAUGUACUUGAUGGCCACUUGUUAAACUUACCGAGGUUCUGUCCUGAUGUGUUAGCUGCUAUCGUCAAAUUGUGUUGGAGUUGGAUGGCUUCUCAGCGACCAAAGUUCCUAAAAAUAGUCAAAACUCUUGAUAUUUAUCUAGAUGAUAAUUUCAGAUCAGUUUCAUUUUAUCACAAUCAUCUUGCAAAUGACGAAGCACCUGCUGAUUAAUAAUCGUUAAUGUCUCUAUGUGCUACGUAUGAAGAAGAUGUGAAUAAUGAUAGUAUUAGUUUUGAAAGUGGUGAUACGGUUGCUAUUUACAGUGCUUUCCAUGCAGACAAAAAAAAAAAAAAAAAAAAAAAAAAA